GCGAAGCUAAGGAAACACGAGAGCAAUGCAGCGGAGGGAUACCAGAGUGCGCAGCUGCGCAGAGCCACUGGACAGAGAGCAAAUGCUGUAGUGUUGACAUAUUUCAUUUUUGCUCAGAAUUUUCAAGCGUAUCGCCACUAUGCCGGGAAUGAUGGACAAAGGGUCGGAAUAUCUGGGGAAAGGUCGCUCAAAUGGGACGAAAAGCCCGUCGAAUGCCUCGAAUGGACAUUUUUCGGACGAGAGCGGCAGCGACGACGAGCACGGUAUAGCCUCGAACACCCUUGCGGAGAUGUGGGCAUGCGCGUGGGGUCGGAUUAUCAAGCAAAUAUUCCCGAGUUUGAUCCAGGCUCCACAAAAUACAGCGAUAAAGACAACGGCGGCAUGUUGGUUUGGUCUCCGUAUCACACAAUAGUUGACUCUAAAUUGGAUGAGUACAUUGCCAUUGCAAAAGAAAAGCAUGGAUACAAUGUUGAGCAGGCUCUCGGCAUGCUCUUCUGGCAUAAACACAACAUCGAGAAGUCCCUUGCUGAUCUGCCCAACUUCACCCCCUUCCCAGAUGAGUGGACGGUGGAGGACAAGGUGCUGUUUGAACAAGCGUUCAGUUUUCAUGGGAAGAGCUUCCAUCGGAUCCAGCAGAUGUUGCCGGACAAAUCCAUAUCCAGUCUUGUGAAGUACUAUUAUUCAUGGAAAAAAACACGAUCCCGGACGAGUCUAAUGGACCGACAAGCGCGAAAGCUGGCAAACCGGAAUAAUCCAGAUGAAAGUGAGGAAGAGAUGGAAGACGCCAACCCCAUUGAGACCAACGACAGUGAUUACGACCCGACGAAAGAGGCGAAGAAGGAGACUCAUGCAGAGCCUCAGACGCUGAGCUCCAAAAUUGCACUGGGACGGAGAGAGCACCAGACCCUGCAGCACCGUCACCACAGCCAGCGGUCCAAGUGCCGCCCGCCCAAAGGCAUGUACCUCACACAGGAGGAUGUGGUGGCCGUCUCCUGCAGCUCCAGCGCCGCUAACUCUGUCCUGCGUCAACUCGACAUGGAGCUGGUGUCCCUGAAACGACAGGUUCAAAAUGCCAAGCAGUUAAACAGUGGACUUAAACAGAAGAUUGAAGAUGGAAUUGAUGAAUUCAGACUGCCUGAGUGCACCCAAAAAAUUAAUGCCCGCUGGACAACAGAUGAGCAGCUUUUGGCAGUUCAAGGGGUACGAAAAUACGGGAAGGACUUCCAGGCUAUUGCUGAUGUGAUUGGGAAUAAAACGGUGGGGCAGGUGAAGAAUUUCUUUGUGAACUAUCGGCGUCGCUUUAACUUGGACGAGGUGCUUCAGGAAUGGGAGGCCGAGCAGGGAACUCACACUCCCAACGGAGACGGUGCCAACUCGGGUGAGGACGGGAAGAACAGCAACAUCUCCUCAGGAAAGAGCACGGAUGAGGAAGAGGAAGAGGGUCAGGUGACCCCAGCCUCCGGUCCGUCUCCUGUAGCUACAUCAGCGUCUCUAACAGCCUCCAGCAGCUCCACCUCUCUCAACCAGCCUCCACCUCUUCUGCGCCCAUCUCUUCCUGCCACUCCGGCGCUACACCGUCAGCCUCCGCCUCUGCAGCAGCAAGCCCGCUUCCUUCAGCCCCGUCCCGCCCUGAACCAGCCUCCGCCGCUCAUCCGGCCCUCCAACCCCCUCCCCCCGCGCCUCAACCCCCGCCCCACAGCCCCUGUUCCGGCGCCGGGCCAGCAGCCGCCCACUCUGGUGGGCAUCCAGUCCGAGACGCCCUCCUCCUCCUCUCUGCACUGAUGUGUGUUAUAUUUGUGACAUUGCUGAUGAAGGUGAUAAUUGGUUAGCAGUUCUCGUUGUGAAUACUAGGAAAAAAAUGAUUGUUUUAAACUGUAUAUAUUAGUUACGUAACUUUCUAUUUAUUUGAACUGAAUUUUUAUUUUAUUUUAGAUUUUGUAAUCAUGUUGUAACAUUGUACUUUAAACACGACGGUUCACCCAAAGAUAAAAAUCACCCCAUGAUUUACUCGCCCUCAAGCCUUCCUAGGUGUACACAACUGUCUUCUUUCAGAUGAGUAUCAUCGGAGUUAUAUUUAAAGAAAGUGCUGGCUCUUUCAAGUUUUAUAAUGGAAGUGAAUGGUUGUUGAGAUUUUGAAGCGCAGAAGGCCUUUAUUAAGCUGACGGAGCCGCGUGAAGCACUUUUUAUGAAGGAUAAACACACUUUAUUGCGCUUCAAAAUCUCAACAGCCAUUCACUUCCAUUAUAAAACUUGAAAGAGCCAGGACUUUCUUUAAAUAUAACUCUGAUGGUACUCAUCUGAAAGAAGACAGUCGUGUACACCUAGGAUGGCUUGAGGGUGAAUAGGAUCCAUUUUUGGGUGAACUAUCGCUUUAAGUCUUUAAAAUAUUGUGUUCUAUCUCAGCACUUUUUCUUGUUGUUCUUUAGUAUCUAUGAUGUAACGGCAAACCUCUUUAAAAGGGUCUUGCAUGUCAUUUUGUUGUUCAUCUGUGUCUGUGGUUGAUUAUUAUGUGUUUCAUAUUUUAAUAUUUGGUGCUACAGACUGACAGAAAAUCACCUGUCCAAAUUCUCUUGCCAUCAAAGUGCUCUUAACAAGAAAAUAUAAUCUCAUACUUAAUUGAAACCAUAGAAAAAUUCCUACUGUCAUACCUUUUUUCAUGGAUAAAACUUCAGUCCGUUUUGAGUAUAAAACACUUAUUUUCCGCCUCAUCUGUUAGAAUUGAACCGGGUUUGUUUAUAAACCUGUUUGACUUGCAGAAAAGUGUGAACACUUUCCCACCAGGCAUUAAGCUUUGAUUAGUGGUGUGCUGUUUAAUCAGAGUAUGCAUGUAGCGUUACCCUUCUUCCACCACAUAAAAAGUGCGGGAUCCUGAACAGUUGAUCAGAUCAUGGUUUUCCAAUUAAGCUCUAUAUUCUGGCCAAACCUGUAUUCUGAAGGAUGUUUACAUAAUCCACGGCUCUGAAUAUUACUGUAUACAUGAAAUGAGCAUUAUCUGAAUAAACUAAUGUACAUUCUUUCCCCUUUAUCCUGUUCUGGAAAUAAUGGUGAUGAUCUUGCCAUUUGUUUUCAGUAAUUUAAGCAACUAAUUUUUCAUUGAUGUUAUUAAAAUUACACAAGAACGUAAAUUUAUAACACUUUUUUUUUUUUUUUUUUUGUAAACUGUAUAAUGACCAAUCUUUAAUUAAUGCUGGAAUAUUCUUGUGCAUGCAGACAGUCACUGUGUAAACAUGAUUAAUCAUGAUUUAUCUAGAUUUCUUGGUAGUUCCUUAGAGGUUAUUUUUUGAGGUCUUAACUAGAUUUGUUAAUAAUUUAGAAAAUAAUUUUAAUGCUUACUUCAGCAGAAAAAGUGCUGUUUCUACUCUAUACAGAUCGGCUGCAUAUUAAAAAGCGCUUAAUGUCUCAAACAAUACACAGUUUUUUGGCGACAUUAAGCGCGUUCUCUUAUUUUUAAGCUAGGUUUUUUAUUUUUUAAAUGCAAACUAAUUGCAUUUUUAAAGAACGGGUUGUAGGCAGCUCAGAGUGUGGUGGUGGCAUUAUAUGUAAAAUAAUGAAAAGUCUCUUCUCUAAAGUUGUGCCUAAAGCAUGUUCAUAUGUGAAGUGUCGUAUGGAAACAUUAAAACACGUUUGAACACAGA